AUCCACCUUCCCCUUCGCGGAUUCGAACCACCAACUUUCCAACCACGGGAAGAAAACACGCUGACACCGGGUGUGUAAAGAAACCAGGGAGACCCCUAUGUGCCCCUGUGUAGUCUCGGUUCUCCUUUAAAUCUUCCUCCGUGGCUGGGGUACUACAUCUGCCACUACCAUCAGCAAAGCGGCAGCGCUGCUUCUUGAUGUUGUGGUCGGGAAUACGCAUGCGCCCGGCAUUGGAAUUACUGCACUGGCAAGAAUAAGUUGGACCUCGUCUGUCUUGACUAAAAAGAAAAAAAUACACAUAAGUAUGGCAGUGUUCAGAAGAAGAAGAAUGAGGUGUUUUUGCGUCUGGUUGUUCCCAUUCGUAGUGACCGCGGUGUGCGCCCAAAGUGCCGGUGUCAAUGACCCAAGCAAUAUGUCUCUGGUUAAAGAAACGGUGGAUAGACUGUUGAAAGGUUAUGAUAUACGAUUGAGGCCAGAUUUCGGAGGUGCUCCGGUUGGAGUGGGGAUGAAUAUAGAUAUAGCCAGCAUAGACAUGGUAUCAGAAGUCAAUAUGGACUACACAUUGACGAUGUACUUCCAGCAGGCCUGGCGAGACAAACGGCUGUCCUACUCCGAGAUCCCCCUCAACCUGACCUUAGAUAACCGGGUGGCUGAUCAGCUCUGGGUCCCCGACACCUACUUCCUCAACGACAAGAAAUCAUUUGUCCACGGUGUCACAGUGAAAAAUAGAAUGAUCCGACUACACCCGGACGGUACCGUAUUGUACGGUCUAAGGAUCACCACCACCGCUGCUUGUAUGAUGGACCUGAGGAGGUAUCCACUGGAUGAGCAGAACUGCACGCUCGAGAUUGAGAGUUAUGGCUACACUACAGAUGACAUUGAGUUCUACUGGCGAGGAGGAGACAAUGCUGUGACGGGGGUGGACAAGAUCGAACUGCCCCAGUUCUCCAUUGUGGAUCACAAGCUCAUCUCCAAGAAUGUCGUCUUCUCCACAGGUGCUUACCCUCGUCUGUCCCUGAGUUUUAAGCUGAAAAGAAACAUCGGGUACUUCAUCCUGCAGACAUACAUGCCUUCUAUACUUAUCACCAUCCUCUCCUGGGUCUCCUUCUGGAUCAACUAUGACGCCUCUGCUGCCAGAGUGGCUCUAGGUAUUACCACGGUGCUCACCAUGACAACUAUCAACACCCACUUGAGAGAAACCCUACCCAAAAUCCCCUAUGUCAAGGCCAUUGACAUGUACCUCAUGGGCUGCUUCGUCUUCGUCUUCCUGGCUCUGCUAGAGUACGCGCUGGUAAACUACAUCUUCUUUGGAAGGGGCCCUCAACGUCAGAAAAGGGCAGCUGAGAAACUAACUACAGCCAACAAUGAAAAGAUGAGGAUGGAUCCAAACAAGUGGCUGGUGGGGAAUGUAGUUGGCAGAGAUGAUACUUUGUAUGCAAGAAUGAAACAAAGAGAUCUUGAUGGUCAUGACUCGAUGUGGGAACCAAUCUUUGUGGGUGACGCAGCAAUUGGUCUUGGAGAUCAAAAGAAUAAGAUGGACUCGCAUGAAAAUAUCCUGUUGGGCAACCUGGACAUCAAGAACGACAUGGGCGUCACAGAGCUGGCUCUGGGUCUCAACGACCCCCGUAAUACCAUGCUGACAUACGACAGCUCGACUCUACAGUACCGCAAAGCAGGGCUGGCCAGGCACAACUUUGGCCGGAACACGCUGGAGUGCCACAUGACUCAAAAGAAGAGCCGACUACGGAGGCGCGCUUCACAGCUUAAGAUCACCAUCCCAGACUUGACUGAUGUAAACUCUAUUGACAAAUGGUCAAGGAUGAUCUUCCCAACCGUCUUCUCCUUCUUCAACAUUGUUUACUGGCUUUACUAUGUCAACUAAAAGAAACAAAGGACAUCAGUGGGGGCAAGAACAAACAGCAAAAUAUGUUGCUCAUUUGUUGUUUGUAUCUGGUUUGUUUCAUAUUUAUGUGAUCUUGUAAACUGGACUGAAUUACAUUCAGGACUGGAUCCAUCAUAUCUUGGAAUAACGCAUUUGCUGGCUAACACGUGAAAACCUUAUAGAAGAGAGAUUACAAACAUAUAAGGUGCCUGUUCCUGAGUAUUUGUUUAAAUUUUACAUAUUUUGUGAAUUGUGUAUCUUGCCAUUUUUUUAAAUGUUUGUUUGCAUAGUUUUUUAUGUUUUUAUUUUUAUUUAUAGUAUACAUAAUUCAUUGCCAAAAUGUCAUAUCAGUUCGUAACAAAUGAACAUAUUUGAAUUUACUUUUACUUUUACUGAGACUACUUAUAAAAAGUGCUGAAGCAAGUUUCAGGUCAGCAGGGUUUUCUAAUAUUAAGUCAAAGACACAAAUUUAUUGUUACGAGAAUUAAUUUCAUACUAAUAUUAUAAGGGCCUAAAGUUCACAAUAUACAAUAUCAUAUUAUGUGAAAGAAACUUCAGUUCACCUUUUUCUACUUUAAUAUCCUGGGAGCUCUAUAUAAUUAUUUCAUACACCAUUAGGGGUAGCGUUAAGAAAUAUCAACUAAGCAUUCCAAAAACGUCCAAGUUUUAACUCAGAUUGCACACAAGCAGCCUGCUGAUGGUCAAAAAUGAUAAGAAGCAUAAUGCUAAUACAGACAGUAAUUAUUAUGUACUGUGUCAAAUUGCUGGAAGAGAGUAGGACAAACAGGGAGAAAUAUGUAGGAGUGAAACUAUAAAAUAAUGUCUUUAGCCAAAUUGGCUUUAAUAUCUAUUAUUAUAGUCGAUAAUAUUGGACCCAAAAGCACAUAUGGAUGUCUUUGGGGUAGAGUGUAUGUAAGAAAUUAGUGUAGUCUUUUACUGUCCAUGUACUUAAAUAUCACCUGUAUAGCAUUUAUUAUAGGGAUAAUAUGACCUAUAAAAUUCCCUUUUCAGCUCUCUAUUUUUCUUUCUUGGAUACAUAUUUAAAACACUGACAAAAAAAUGCUGAAAAGGCACUUUAUUAGCUUUGACAAUUAUUUCAUUGUUCAAUAAUAACUCAGAUGGUGAAGCUAAAAGGACUCCAUUGGUCCACCGAAAGGCCAGAAUAAAUUAAAAGCACAAAUAACGUCAAAUAUCAGCUUUUGACAGCAUUAUUUUAAUAUAUAUUUUUUCUAUGCAGAUGAUAUGUCUUUCUUUGUUGCUAUUGAGUUUAUAUAUUACAUCUGCCUCCCAAAGUAGAUUAUUAUAAUUCUUAUUAGUUUAAAACCUUUUAGCCAUGAGUUAUUUCCUGAUUGAAAAAAUGGGUUGAUAAUCAUAAAGGACAUAGCCGUAAAUCUAAAACGAACAAAAUGGAUUAUUUACAAACAACGCUGUGCUUUUGACUGUAUGUACACAAAGUAGAUUUUAUAAAAGAUUUUGCACACAAGUUCUUAAAAGCCAUAGAGGCUGUUACCGUAGUUCUUCUAAUACCUGGUGCUUAUGGGGGCUGUCUUGUGAGGAACUUUAUUAAUAUGACCACGAUCACACUUUAUGUUUCAGUUAUAACAAAUAUAGAACUACAACUAGGGCUGCAAUACACAAGGGUGUCAUAUCCCUCCCCCCAUAGAUCUGCCACACUGUCCGUAUGAAUGAACUCUGGUGGUAUGGCCUCUUUUUUCCACAUACACAAAGUACCAAAUCAUUCGUCAAAGGAGUUGGAGUUGCUGUGAGUGACUAAAGCUAAUUUGAGAAAUUGUACCUUGAAGAACAUUGCUAUAAAACAUAUAACAGAAGAGAAGGUCGCUCCAAAUAUAUGAUAUUUAUGAGGACUGGAGCUUUUCUCUCAGGUGGUUCUUUUGAUUUUACCCUAAAAUAACAAAGAUCUAACUCCAAGGGUUAAUUUCUCCUUGUACGCCAUUCAUUUUGAUUGUGAAGGUGUGAGUGAACACUAAACAAUAAUAUUCUAAUUGUUUACUGAAAAUGUAGCCACAUACAGUUAUGUCUCACUGCAUGCUCUGUACAGUAGUAACUCCUUGAUAUUCUGUUUUUUGCUCACUAUCUCUGUUCUCACUGAAUUGUUUCAUUUCAUUUGUGCUUUUUCUGUGUUUAAUUCACCUCACAAAUGAGCAUACAUAAGUCUGUAAUUACAAUUUAUAUAAAAAAAAAAGUAUGUCUGAUUAGUAUUUCAAAUAUUGAUGAUGUUAUAUAAAGAAUAUUUACAUUUUUCUAAAAAGCAUUUACGUAACAGUUACAACUGUUUGAAGAAUGACACAAUGAUGCAUUUUCACAAGCACUGCCCAACAACUGAAAUGUAAACUUUGAUUGAACAUUGUGCAAUGUUCUAACUUACAAUAACCUCACUGGUGUUUACAUGUUACUCAUCAAAAUGAACCAUUUACACAUUGUUUUGAUCUAGGUACUGAAAACUGUGCAUAGUGAGUAAUUUGUUAUGUAUUGUUUGGGGAGUUUUUUGGUAGUUCUGGUGAUUAUUUCAAACUAAAUUCUUCUCAUUUUUCUUGUUUUUAAUGUUUAUUUUACAAGCACAUUUUUUAAAAACACAAAAAGAUCGAGAUAGAUUCUGAUAUCUACUAGAAAACUGAUUAUUGGCAUUGUAAAUCCUUUUAUAGAUGAGGAUGAGUUGAUCUAUAAUGUCUCCAAAAAACAUAUUUAAAUGACUAUGUAUAUAUCGGAUAUUCUAUUAUAAUUAUCAAUUGGAACAUACUAUUCCUGUAUAUAAAAACAUAUGAGCUUUUAGCAGAAAAGACAAAAUAGACAUUUAUUAAUAAAACCAUUUAUACUGUAAUGUUAAGAGAAUGCAAAGGCUGGUGUGAAACAAUGUAAAUAGUCUAUUUUACAGUGUCACUUCAUCACUGUUUGUUUCUUUUUUGCUCAGUUUGUCGAAGCACAUUUCUUUGGUUUUGCCAAAAUGUAACAUAUAUUCAUGAAUGUAGUUGAUAUUCUUUUGCAGCAUGUAUUUGCUGUAAUGUGUCAGCAAAAGUAUUACAAUUUCUUGUACCAAUGAUCAGCUAAAUACAGCUUAAUGUACACCACCUUUUCAAACACACACGUACACACACACACAAAGGGUGAAGUGAUAAAGAGGCUACCGAUGCCUUUUUAAUCAGCCCUAAAGUCAACCAUCUCAGGUCAGCACAAUUCACACUAAACAACAACAACCUACAACUUCAAACCCAAGAAUUGUACUUAAGAAAAAGUACCUUAGUGAGCUUGUUUCUGAUGUUUUUCUCUGUCUUGUGUUUGCUUUCUGUGUUUAACACAAAGACCCAUAAAACUGUAUACAGUACAGAUUUACAGUGCUAAUAGUAUGGCACAUUUUUUCAUUGGCAGAAUCUAAACACAGGAAAUAUAUUAAAUAGCAUUAAGGUACUAAAUCCACCUCAGCCAUAGACAUGUCUCAAUCUAUCCAUUAUAAAUAUAUUUCUUAAUCUUCAGAAUAACAUUGUAUGUGGUAUGACAUGUAUGUGUAUUUGAGUGUGAGAGUGGAUGUAUACUGGCCAGUCAGUAAUGUGUCUUUUCCAAAGCACACCGGCAACUGGCAAGAAAGGUCUGCUUCAUAAGUUCUACACUUUGAAUAUGUGUUUGUACUUCACAGCGCUUUUUUGUUUCAUAUAUUUUUAUACUUCUAUA